CUGCGGGAGUGUAAGAAAGAGGAAGCUGCACCUGUUUUAGAUGAUGAUGCUCUGAAUGAUCUCAUAGCACGCAGUGAGUCAGAGAUUGAUAUAUUUGAGUCAGUUGACAGACAAAGGCGGGAAGAUGAGAUGGCAAUGUGGAAAACGGUAUUAGGACAGGGGAAAGAUGGUUCUGAACCUAUACCUCCCUUGCCUUCUUCUCGGCUCCUAACAUUUGAUGAGUUGAAGCCAUUUUACGAAGCAAUGAAAAUAUCUGAUGUAUCCAAUCCCAGGGUGGUGUCUACCGUUGGGGCAAAACGGAAGGGCGAGUCUCUUGGAGGCCUGGAUACACGACAUUAUGGAAGGGGCAAACGAGCAAGAGAGGUGCGCUCCUAUGAAGAGCAAUGGACAGAGGAGGAAUUUGAGAAGAUGUGUCAAGCAGACUCUCCUUCUGAAUCCCCCAAACUGAAGGAAGAAGUAAUAGAAAGGAACUCACCAAUAGUUGCCAGUGGGUCUAUCGCAAUCACUCCUAAAACAGAACCACCAGCACCAGCACUGGCACCGGCACCGGCACCGGCACCGGCACCACCCAUAGUCUUUCAACAACCUUCUGUAGAGCCGCCAAUGCAGCAAACCAAAGAGGCAACAGCAACAGCAACAGCAACGGCAACACCAAUGCCAACACCAACACCAACAGCAACACCGACCCCAACACCACCAAUUAGACGGGGCCGCGGAAGGCCAAAGAGAGUAACCACAGAAAUCUCUCCGUCUGCAAUGGUUCGUCCAGCUCCUUAUGGAACCAGCAUAACAGACAUAGCAUCCCAGAAAGGAACAGAUUCUAGCUAUCCUGUGGCAUCUAGUUCUAAUUCAUUGCCUAGUUCUGCAACUGUAAAACCUGUUACUGGAGCCAGCCCUCAAUUUGGUGUAUGGAUUGCUCCCAGCUCUGAGUCAACCCCUCCUCUCCCUUCUGUUUCUCCUGGUGCUCAGCCAACCCCUCCUCUCCCUUCUGUUUCUCCUGGGGCUCCUCUCCCUCCUCUCCCUUCUGUUUCUUUUGGUUCUCAGUCAACCCUUCCUCUUCCUUCUGUUUCUCCUGGUGCUCAGUCCACUCCUACUCCAACUACUCCUUCCCCUUCUGUAGUGAUGCUAACAGGACAAACUCAAAAAACUCCAGCACCACGGCGUAGAGGAAAGAAGCAGGCUCCAUUGCCACCUGCUGUUCCACUUUCCCCAGCAUCUGGAACUGUGAAGACAGACAUGAUAUUACACACACAAACAAUUUCCAGUUUGCCAACAGCCUCUUGUCCUGAUUCUGUAUCUGGUUCUGCUACCGUAAAGGGUGUAUCUAAUGAACAAUGUGUGGUUUCUCCUGUUGUUCCAGUUCUUCCAGCUUCUUCUGAAACUGGCAAAAUGGAUUUGGGGUCAGAGGUACGACCAGUUUCUAGCAAUCCCAUGCUCACUGAUCCUGAAAAUGUUUCUGCUACUGCUAUUGUAACAGGUGUUAGUGGAACUGUGCAUAAUUUUGGGACAGGGAUUGAGCCUAGUUCUCAGCCAAACCAGCCAUUCGCUUCUAAUGCUAUUGGGUCUCAAUCUAUCCCUCCCAGUCUUUCUGUGCCCAAGUUACCUAAAAGACGAGGUCGUAAGCCACAAAGUGGAGUAGAGGCACCCCGUUGCAGGGGAAGGAGACAAGGUCCGAUAGCACCUGUUGCUGCACAUGGUUUAGCAGGUCAGGAUCCAAAGUCAAAUGAACAAUCAGAUAGUAAAUUGCAGGUAUCAUCAGGGAGAAAAUCCAUUGUUACUAGAAGAAUGAAAGAGAUUGAAGCUACAGAGCUGUCUAAUGUUAUCCAGGUGCAGACAUCUGAAGUCCAGACCUCUGAUAGUCUAGCUGGUCCGGAUGCAAAACCAACCGGGCAAUCAGAUUAUUUGGCCCAAAACAAUCAGCAAAAGGGCUCGUCAACAACUAGUGGCAGUGCUGUCAUAUCCUCAGAUAAGAUUGGCAGUCAGACUGAGAAAAUAGAUGCAAAAGCAAAAGAGAUGAAAAUUCCUGUUCUAGAGGAAGCCUUUGUUUCAGAGUCUGUGGUGGCUAGUGUGGAGGAGAGAGUUUUUGUUUCAACAUUGGGAACAGUAGCUGCAGUUGUUGAUCCAGAAAUCCAAAAGACAGAGAAGGAUGUUGAUCCUGAAAUCCAAAAGACUGAGAAGGAUAUUUCUGCAGAAACACAAGAGAGAAAUGAUCCUAUUCUGCAAGAUGCUGUUGUUUCGAAGCCUGAGGUUUGUGAAGUUGGAACCAAUCUCAAUACUGGUUCAUUUGUAAAUGUGGAGGAUUCAAGAGAUCUAGUCGAAAAAAAUUCGAUAGUGCAGAUUGAUGUUGAGGGCACUUCAGCUGUUACUGUGAAUGCUGAAUCCAUGAAUGAUGUGCCUUGUGAGAAACCUACUGCUCCUGAUGCUUUUGUUUUGGAAAUGGAAGCUUCAGUUUUGGAUGUUACAACUGACAAGUGUGAGGAUCAAUCGGUGAAGGAAGAUGCUGAAGAACAAGAACUGAAAGGUUCUGAUCUAGAUGAUAUAGUUGUUUCAGAGCCUGGGGAUACUGACAGUUUGGAAGAGAAAAAGAUUUCAACUUUGUCAAUGUUGGAAACAGAAGCUCCAGUUGUUGAUUCUGUAACUGAAAAGACUCCGGAGGAAUUUGAUGCAGAGGCACCAGAGAGCAAUGAUCCUAUUUUGCAGGAGGUUGUUGCUUCAAAGUUUGAGGCUUCUGAACCUGAAACCAAGAUCAAUACUGGUUCUUUUGAAAAUGUGGCAAAUCCAAUAUAUGUAGUCAAAGAAGGCUCGCUGGUGGGGGCUAAUGUGGAGGGCACUUCAGAUGUUCCUCUCAAUGCUGACCCAUUGGAUGAUGUGCCUUGCGAGAAAACUUCUGUCCCUGAUGCUUUAGAUUCGCACCUUACAAUGAACAAGUGUGAUGAUCAAUCUGGGAAGCAAGAUGCAAAAGAACAAGAAAUGGAAUGUCUGGUUGUGGGAGAUGCAGUUGUUUCAGAGCCCGGGCAGACUAAGAGUUUUGGGGAGGAAAAAAUUUCUACUGCUUCUAUGUUUGAAACAGAAGCUUCAGUUCCUGAAAUUGAAAAGACAGAAGAGCAAGAUGCAGAAUCACAAGAGAGCAAUGAUCUUAUUUUGCAGGAUGCUCUUUUGAAACCUGAGGCAUGCGAACCUGAUACCAAGCUUGAGGCUGUGUCUCUAGAAAAUGUGGCAAAUCCAAGGGAUGUAGCCAAUGAAAACUUGAUCAUGGGCACUAAUGUGGAGGAAACAACUGCUGUUACUCUCAAUGCUGACCCAUUGGAAGAUGUGCUUUGUGAGAAACCUCCUGCUCCUGAUGCUUCAGUUUUGGAAGUGGCGACGUCAGUUUUGGACUUUGUGAUGGACUCUGAGGAUCAAUCUGGGAACGAAGAUGGAAAUGAACAAGAAAUGAAAGAUCCUGUUCUAGAUGAUGUGGUUGUUUCAGAGUCUGGGGCGACUAAGAGUUUGGAGGAGAAAAUGCUUUCAACUUUGGAAACAGCAGCUGCAGUUGAUCCUGAAAUUGAGAAGACUGAUGAGGAAGUUGAUGCAGAAGCAAUGGAGAGCAAUGAUGAUCAUAUUUUGCAGAAACUUGAGGCUUGUGAUCCCGAAACCAAGAUCAAUACUGAUUCUUUUGAAAAUAUGGCAGAUCUGAGAUCUCUAGUCAAAGAAAACUCAAUAGUGGACACUAAUGUGGAGAGCAGUCCAGCUGCUCCUCUCAACGCUGAUCCAUUGGAUGAUGUGCCUUGUGAGAAACCUUCUUCUCCUGAGAUUUCAAAUUUGGAACUUACAAUAGGUAAGGGUGAGGAUCAUGGGAAGGAGGACACAAAUGAACAAAAAUUGAAAGGUCCUCUUCUGGAUGAAGUGAUUGUUCCAGAGCUUGGGGUGUCUGAGACUAUGAGUUUGGAGGAGAAAAAGUUUCCAAUUUUGUCUACGUUGGAAAAAGCAGCUCCAGCUGUUGAUCCUGAAACUGAAAAGCCUGAGAAGGAAGUUAAUGCUGAAGCACAAGAAAUCAAUGAUCCUAUUUUGCAGGAGACUGUUGUUUCAAAGCCCGAGGCUUGUGAACCUGAAACCAAGCUUGAGACAGUGUCUUCAGAAAGUGUGACAUAUCCAAGAGAUGUAGCCAAAGAAACUGUUCUUCUCAAUGCUGACCCAUCUGAGCAUGUUCCCAAUGAGAGACCUGCUCCUGAUGCUUCAGUUCUGGAAACAGCUGCUUCAAAUUUGGAAGUUACUAAGGACGAAUGUGAGGAUCAAUCUGUGAAGGAAGAUACAAAAGAAGAAGAAAUGAAAGAUACUACUCUGGAUGAGGGGAUUGUUUCAGAGCCUGUAGUGACUGAGAUCCAAAGUUUGCAGAAGGAGAGGACAACUUCAACUUCAGAAACAUUAUCUUUCACUGUUGACCAUUCACUUGAAAAGCCUGAAACCGACCUAAAUGCUUCUGGUUCUUCUGAAAAUGUAGGAGAUUCAGAACAAUUUUCUCUUAAUCCCAUUCUGAGUGAUGAUGGUCCUCGUGAAGAACCACCUAAUGUAGAUGCUUCUGUUGAUAGUUCUUUACCGGGUAGUUCUAGCGUACAGAUGGAUUCGACUUUGACAUCUGAAGAGGAGGCAAAGGAGUCUUCCUCUGCAGCGGCAGCAGAGAACAAGUCUAUGCAUACACAAUGAGUGAAUAUUUCUAUAAUCUGUGAAGGUAUGAGUUGCAAUGUCAAAGUUCAUCUAUUUUAUAUUUUAUUUUUGCUUAACUAAAUAUAUUAAACGAUAUGCUUUCAUUCAUAUGCAUUCCUGAUGCCCUUAGAUUGGACUCACACUGUAUUUCUUGCCGCCUUUGUAAAUUGUGUAAACUCAAUGCAACUGAAAUGAAUGAAGCUCUCAUAGUCUUGUUAGUAAAAGCAACUAGUUGUGGCAUUA